AAAUUGGAAGAAUAUUUAUUAGUAGUGAAGUUAUGUUUGGGGUGCAGGACUAGUGUAUAAAUACUGUCACGUACGACAAUAACCGGCACAAGGAGCAUGCUUCAUCUGGAGUGAAUUUAGGGAGUUUCACUUAAGCACAGUUUUACUGUUUGAAGUAUUUCGCCACCCCCUACCUGAGAAAAUGUCUUUGUUACCCUUCUUUGCCCGGAGUUACUGGGAUCCCUUCAGGAGCGGUUACUUUCCACGCUGCCAGUUUGAUCAGGAUUUUGGUCUCCCUCCUUACCCUGAACAGCCGCUGAGGGACUGGAUAGGGUGGGUGGAGGAUCAGCUCAGCGCUAACUGGUCCAGGAGAUCAUGCCCCGUCCUAGCCGAAAACACAGCGGCCAGUCAUGGCUCAUUAACUCUGUCCCAACAACCUGCCUGGGGAAUGCCCAUGCAGAACUUGGACAAUUGGAAGAUCUGCCUUGAUGUGAAACAUUUUACCCCUGAGGAACUCCAAGUGAAGACACAGGAAGAUUAUUUGGAAAUUUCAGGGAACCACGUGGAAAAGGAAAAUCAACAUGGGUUUAUUUCUAGAACUUUCACAAGAAAGUACAAGCUUCCGUCAGGUGUGAAUUCCAGGUCCGUGACCUCGACCUUAACCUCCAACGGCAUUCUAAUUGUGGAAGCUCCCCUCUCCAGACCUACGGAGGUAGUGAUUCCGGUUCAAAUUGAGAAGCGGCCUGAAGAUGUGAAGGAAGUGGAAAAAGAGGAAGAGAAGGAGGUGCUGAAGAAACACAGUGAAGAGGAGGAGAUGAGUCAAGCAAGGGAGGCAGAGGAAGAAAAAGGGAUUUCCAAAGAGCCGGGCAAGGAGAUGAAGGAAGAGCUGGACAAAGGGAAGGAGGAGGAACAAGGAAAGGAGGUGGAGGGAGAGAAGGCACAGCAAGAGGAAGUGCUUCUGGAAGAGCAAGAGAAAAAGUAACCAAUGGAGAAAGGAAAAGAUACAUGUGUAUAGCAGCAAAAUAUUCGUUCAAAGUAAAUUCUCACAGAUUACUUCAUUGAUUCAAUGUUUUUCUCUAAAAUAAGUGAAAGUACAUUUUAGAUAAAUGUAGAGAAUGAAAAAAAAUGCUUUGACAUUCUACAGUACUGUGGAAAAGUCUUAGGCACAUAUAUAUAGUAGGGUGCUUAAGAUCUGGCACAGCACUGUAGUAAUUUUGUGUAUCGCACUGCUGCCGCAAAUAAAAACAAUUAUCAUGA